AUGAAAAUAGACUCAAGGAGACUGUUAUGCCAUUACUUCCCAGCCGACACGAGGGCCAGCCUAAAGUUAGCACGCAGGAUUCCCGAUCUGCAAGAGUUACUGCGCUUCACCACCUGA